AUGCUGCGCCUGGCUCUGACUCCCGCCAGGGCCCACCCUCUGGAGGCGAGGGCGGAGAGGUGCCGUGCCAUGCGGGAGGUGAGGCCGUAUCGGCGCACCGUGCACCACUGCGUGCCCUGGACUCAACCAUCCCCCCUCCCCCAAACAGGAAGUACAAAUGCGCCUGGCUGCUACCCCUGCGAGGGCCCUGCCUUUGGAGGCGAGGGCGGAGAGGUGCCGUGCCAUGCGGGAGGUGAGGCUGUGUGGGCGCACCGUGCACCACUGCGUGCCCUGGACUCAACCAUCCCCCCCUCCCCCAAACAGGAAGUACAAAUGCGCCUGGCUGCUACCCCUGCGAGGGCCCUGCCUUUGGAGGCGAGGGCGGAGAGGUGCCGUGCCAUGCGGGAGGAAGUGCUGCUGCGCCUGGCUGCUACCCCUGCGAGGGCCCUCCCCUUAGAAGCCAGGGCGGAGAGGUGCCGAGCCAUGCGCGAACUGAGGCCGUGUGGGCGCACCGUGCACCACUGCCUGCUGCCCUGCCGCCACGCCUGCCUCUGCGGGGAGUGCGCCCAGCGCUGCUCCGCCUGCCCCGUCUGCCGCUGCCCCAUCGGCGUCCCUGCUUCCGCUGCUGCUUCCGCUGCUGCAGCUUUCUCUGCUGCUGCUUCUGCUGCAGGAGUAGCAGCAGGGGAAGGGGGUUCUGCGCGGCAGUCCGGCGAGCGGAUUCACAUCCGUCUAUACGACGCCUGUGUAGAUGCCGGCCUUGUCAGCCCUCUCAAAGACGUGGUUAAAGACUCCGGAUGGGGGGGCGGAGCGGCAGGGGGAGCAGCAGGGGGAGGCGGAGGGGGGAUUGGGGGCCUGGGGGCGGACGCUCAGGGGUGUCCCAUGGACGUGCGGCGGCUGUUUGCCCUCUUUGACAUUGCGCUGGACCGCGGGCUUGUUACUCUCAUCUGCCACUGUGAGUGGGGGGAGGGAUAUGGUGGGCCGGAGCAGCAGGGGCCUGGGGGCGGACGCUCAGGGUCACCCCCUGCCUGUCUCGACCCACCUCUCCUCGCCACUAUUCCGCGCACCGUGUCGAGUCAACCCGUCUUAACCCCCCUCGUUUUCCCCCCCCCUCCUCCCCUGUUUCCAACCCACCUUUCGCUCCUCCUCUUCCCCACCCCACCACCAUCAGACGUGGAGGAGGUGUGCAUGGAUGGACGAGGCAGCGGUCUCCAGCGAUCCAGUGCUCUCUCUCCUGCCGCUCUCCUUCACUCCCACCCCAACCCUCCCCAACCUUCAACAGACGUGGAGGAGGUCUGUAUGGAUGGACGAGGCAGCAAUCUCCAGCGAUCCAGUGCUGCCACUGCAUCCUGCCUCUCUUUCAAUCCAUCUUUCCCCUAUUCCGGACCCCCACCCACCCCACCACCAUCAGACGUGGAGGAGGUAUGCAUGGAUGGUCGAGGCAGCGAUCUCCAACGUGGAGGAGGUAUGCAUGGACGAGGCAGCGGUCUCCAGCGACGCGGUGCUCUCUGCUUCCCUUGGCCGUCCACUCCCCCCGUUCUCUUCCCCCCCACCUCUCACCACAUCCCCCCACCUUCAACAGACGUGGAGGAGGUGUGCAUGGACGAGGCAGCGGUCUCCAGUGAUCCAGUGCUCUCUCUCCUGUUGGAUCCCAGGCUCGUGCUCGAGUGGGCGCAGAGGACCUUCACCGGGAUAAGAAGGACUCUCAGAGAUCUAUACGCCUCUGGCAUCACUGAUCGUCGCAUGGAUGAUGCCACCUGCCUGGCCAUGCGCCUUCAGGGGAUUUCUCAGGUGCUGGCAACACUGCAGGGCGCAGACGACCCCCUGGCGCGGCAGCAGGCGCAGAUGCAGCAGGGGGAGGCGGAGGGGGGGAGAGGGGGGAGCGGAGGAAUGGAGGGGCGCAAGGGGCAUGAGUGGGAGGCUGGGAGGCUGGCGGAAGCUGUUGCAAGAGCAUCCCAGUGGUGGGGUGGGGAGGGCAGUGGUGGGGAGGGAAGUGGUGGGGAGGGCAGUGGUGGGGAGUGCAGUGGUGAGGAGGGCAGUGGUGGGGAGGGUAGUGGGGACGGCAGUGGGGACGGCAGUGGGGACGGCAGUGGUGGGGAGAGUAGUGGGGAGGGCAGUGGGGACGGCAGUGGGCACGGCAGUGGGGAGGGCAGUGAUGGGGAGGGCAGUGGGGAGGGCAGUGGGGAGGGCAGUGGGGAGGGCUGUGGAGAGGGCAUCUGGAGGUCAUUCACUGGGCUGCCAAGAACCGAUUCUUCGAGGGCCUUCCUCCCGGCCACUCCAUUGUACGCGAUGCAGUGGGCUGCUGCCAAGAACCCAUCUGGACGUGAUGCAUCACUGCAUCACGUGAGAAUCACGUGGGCUUCUGAGGCGCCUCAAAAGUCAUCACGUGGGCUGCCAAGAGUGAUGAGUCGAUUUUUGAGUCAACUAAAAAAUGGGCGUGAUGCAGUGGGCUGUCAAGAACCGAUUCUUCUAGGGCCUUUCUCUACCUCUCUCUACCCAACCCUCUCACUUUCCUCUUCCUCCUCACUCCUCUCCCCUCUUCCCCCCAACCCUCUCACUUUCCGCUUCCCCACUCAACAGCAUCUGGACGUGAUGCAGUGGGCUGCCAAGAACCGAUUCUUCGAGGGCCUUCCUCCCCGCCACUCGUCGCACGCCACGUGGCGCGCCGUGAUUCGCCAGAGGAAGCAGGCGGCAAACGAGACGGCCUGGCCGGAGUUCCUUAGCGUAUCUGCUGCUGCUGGCGCUGCUGGCACAGUGCUUGGAGCAGGGGGAGGGGGGGGAGGCAAGGGAGGGAGAGCAGGAGGGGCAAAGGAACAGCAGCAGCAGAAUGGGAAGUUGUUGUUUAUUGAUGACGCAAUAGACAACCUCAAGGAAAGCAGCAGAGAAGGCAGUAAGGAGAGCGCAAGUGGUGCAUCUUGUGCGAAUCCCAUAUCUGAUACCCCCUCGCUGUUGAGUUGCGACCAGCUUGACUUGCUGUCUCUCAAGCAACCAGUACCCACCACCCCACCUGCUGCUUCCGGGAAGUUUCUCCUGCAGGGAGGGAGUCCUGGGUUAGUGGGUGGAGGAGGAGGAGCAGCAGCAGCGGCGGGGUUUCAAUACCCGCCGGAGAAUUUCCGGGCAGCGGUCGAUUUUUUGUUUUUGGAGGCGGGUGCUGAUCGAGCUCUGGCCAAGAAAGCAAUUUUCCUAUACUACCUCAUUGAUCGCUUCUACCAGGGCGGGCGGAGCGAGGGGCAGCAGCGGUGGCGGGGGAUGGUGGAGGACUUUGGGGCGUGCAUGGACGUGGGCGACGGACACGUGGUGGAGACGAUGGUGAUGGUGUUACUAGAUGAACAGAGUCAGGAGGGUUUAGAGGUGAGUGUUUGUUGGGUGUGUGUGCAAGCAAGGAUGCACUAUACAGGGAUGGUGGAGGACUUUGGGGCGAGCAUGGACGUGGGUGACGGGCACGUGGUGGAGACGAUGGUGAUGGUGAUGGUGAUGGUGAUGGUGGAUGAGCAAACAGAGGAGGGAUUGAAGGAGGCUUGCUCGCUGAUACCCCACCUCAUCUCCCUCUCCUCCCCCUCCUCUUCCUCCUCCUCCACGGCCCCUCCCAUCCAUCCCCGAAUCGCUCGAGUCCUGAUCGAACGAGGCAAGCCCGAGCCUGCGCUCCAGAUCCUCCGAGCCUGCAGCCCAGGCCCGGCAAUCUUCCAAGCCAGCAGCACCCCAGGCUCGGCGGCAACCCCCAUAUUUCCGGACCUGGCGGUGCCUCUGGAGGAAGCGGUUACUGCGCUGCGAGUGCUUAUAGAGAAUCGGCUCUUAACAGAGGCUUUCCUGUACCUUAGAGCCUACUGCAAGCAACCACAUGUCAACGACCCCUCUUCUCCCCACCUAUAUGCUGACGCUACUGAUGCUGCUGCUGAUGGUGCGGAUGCUUCUGUUGCUGCUGCUGCUGAGAGUGCUACUAACGAAGCAGCCAAGGGUGCUUAUACAGAAGCAGUGGAUGUGCUUGUAUCGGAGCUCUUCUGGCUAGCAGUGAGACACCAGGCAGUGCCCGAGGUGCUGGCGUUCCCCUGGAGGGGCAGGGAGGGAGCAGUGCUACAGCGCUGCUUGUUAACUCGCACGGCACAGCAGCCAGAGGGGGCAUGCGGCACGCUUCUUGUGCUCUUCCAUGUGGAGGGGGCGGCUGCAGCCAGAGGGGGCAUGUGCCACGCUUCUCGUGCUCUUCCAUGUGGAGGUUACUCGAGGUGUUUCUAUCUGCACUCUUCCUUUUCCCCUUCCCACUUCCUUGCUCUUUUGCUUCAAGGGCUCGCUACAAGGGCACGGUACAAGGCAGCACUGUUGGCGCACAAGCAAGUCUGGGCUAUAGAGGCAGCAGUAGAGGCACAGCAGGAGAGUGAAGAUGCCAAUAACGGGGAUGAGGAGGGGCAGCAGGAGGACGGACAGGAGGGAGGGAGUGAGGAUGGAGAGGAGGAGGAAGGAGGAGGAAGUCCUAUGGAUGCUUCAGCUGGUUCUGCUGCUGGUGGUGGUGCUGGUGUUGCAGCGAAUGGAGCAAGAAAAAGGAGAGGGGCGAAGGGAUUGACGGUUCGGCUGCGCGAAAAGAGGAUAAGGCUGCUGGAGUCAGUGCUUCGACUCAUCGCUCCUUCCGAGCACCAGCAGAUCGUCCAAGCACAUGGCGAACCCUCUGCCUUCCCCACCACAACCACCACAGCCAUCCCAGCCAGAACAGGACUAGUCAAGCCAGACGCCAGAAGUCAACCCAAAGCAAUCACCAAAGUUCCUUCCGCUACAGCCCUGCCACGCAAGCCCAUGCAGCCAGUUCAGUCGCCUUCAGCUAAGGCCUCCUCUCCCAAAGCUGCUCCCGCACCCCACUUCGGCUCUCCGAUACUUUGUGGUGGGGCGGGUGCAGCAUCCCUCUCAGGUUCUCCCCUCUCGUUCCCGAAAUCCUCUAGCAAAUCUCAACAGCAGCAGCAACAUCAGCAGCAGCAGCAGCAGCAGCAGCAGCAGCAGCAGCAGCAGCAGCAGCCACCACUGUCACUCUUCUCCUUUCCAGCAGUUCCUGCCUCCCCUCCGCCUUUCACUUCAACUGCUACAGCUGCUCCCACUGCUCCCAGCCAAUCAGAGCUCCCGCUUCAGCGAAAACUUUUUGGAUCUGGGCAGUUUGGGCAGCAAGGACCCGUAGGCACCAGUCCAGUGCCCUUAGCAAGAGGGGCAACAGCGCCAGUACCCCUGGGAAAUGCGCAGGUGUUGCAUCAGAACCCCCUGUUUGGCAUGCGGGUUUCUCAAGACGGAUCAGAGCCUGAUACCACACAGUCACAGGAGAAUGCCAGGGGUGGGACAGAGGGAGGAUUGAGUGGUGCUGGUGGUGAUAAGGGCCCGAGUGCUGCUGCUGCUGGUGGUGGUUCUUCUGCUGCUGCAACAGCUUCAGCUACUGCUGCUGCUGCCGGUCCUGCUGGUUCGGCAGCCCCGUUGUUUGGUUCGGGAAGCAUUUUGUUCGGAGGGGGUAGCCAAUCAGGAGGAAGCGCUUUGUUCGGGGGAGGUGGGGUGCCUUCGUUUGGUAAGCCCAAGGGCGUGGGUCAUUUCACCACCAGCACCACCACCGGCAACGAGCCUGCUGCAGCUUUCAAGGACUCGGUUGGUGUGUUCAGGCCCUUUCCUGAGGGCCCAGACAGCUCCUCUGCAGCUGCUGCUGCUGCUGCUGCUUCUGCUGCUGCUGGACAGCCAUCUCCCUUCCCCUCCCCUCCGCCAUUUAACUUAGCAAACCCUACUGGCAGUGUUCUACUAUCUGGGCGAGCUCACCGACUCUCUAGUGCUCCCAUAUUUGUGCUCAACGCAGUGCAAACGAACUUCAACCUUUUCCUCUCGUAUGCGUGCAUGGGUUCACCUGUGCAGGUGUUUUACUAUCUGGGCGAGCUCACCGACUCGCUCACGUACGCGCUUGGCGCGGGGUCCCUCUUUGACGUCUCGGAGGACUCGGAAUACGUGCAGACGCUCAUUGGUGCGUGCGUGGGUGCAUGGGCGAACGGGCGCAUGGCCAAGUGCAUUGACGAGUACAUGGAUCUCAGUGUCAAGCGCGCCGACUCCCAUGACCCUGACGCCGACUAUCCUCUUGACCCGCGCCUCGUGGCCAUCGUAGAGAGGAUGCUGGACAACUGCAUUGAGGAGCGUCAGUUCCAGCAGGCCAUCGGAGUGGCGCUGGAGUGCCGCCGCCUUGACAAGCUCGAGGCUGCCGUUGCGAGGAGUGGCAACUCUCGCUCCCUGCUCGCCUACUGCCUCCAGGUCUCUCAUUCCCUUGUCAACCGCCGACAAUUCCGGCAGCAGGUUUUGUCAACAUUGGUGCGUCUAUAUCAGCAGGCAGAGACCCCCGACUACGGCAGCAUAUGCCAGAUGCUCAUGUUCCUCAGCGACGCAGCAGGGGUGGCGGCGACACUGGACCGACUCAUCAAGGGGCAGAACGAGUCGGACGCUUUAUUAGCGUACCAGGUCGCCUUUGACCUGUUUGAGAACGAGUUUCAGCAGUUCCUGCUGUCUGUGAGGGAUGCUCUGCCUGACCCGCCGCCCCCGCUUGCGCCUGCCCCGGCUGUUCCGGCUUCUGCUGAUGCCGAUGCCGCUGUUGCUGCUGCUGCUCCGGAGGCGGAUGGUGCUUCUGCUGCUGCUGCCCCUGAUGCGGGUGCUGAGGUGGCUGCUGCUGGUGAUGCUGUAACAGGCGCCGCAGCAGCUGAGGGAGGCAGUGCUGCUGGUGCAACCGAUGCGGCUGCAGCAAUGGAGACGGAGGAAGGGAAGGAGGGAGAAGGAGCAGCAAAGGCAGAGGGCGGAGAGGCGACAGAUACGGCUACAGCAGCUGCUGAAGAUGGGGCAGCCAAACCUGCUGCCGAGGUUGACGGGACAAGCACCAUGGACACUACCGAGGCAGCUGGUUCUGGUUCGGCCGAAGCUGCAGGUUCGGGGGAGGGCGAGGCAGCUGCCGAAGUUGCGCCGAGCGAGGAGGUGGUGUAUGCAGAGCGACUGGCGAAGCUUAAGGGGAUUCUGACGGGGGAGACUCCGAUCGGCCUCACCCUGCAGUUCCUGUAUAGCCACAACAAGGCGGACCUGGGAGUGCUGAAGGCGAUCAAGCAGGUGGUGGAGACGCGCAACAGCGUGUGCCACAGCGCCACCAUCGUAGCCAACGCGUUCAUGCACGCUGGCACGACAGUUGACACCUUCCUCAGAGACAACCUGGACUGGUUGAGCCGGGCGACCAACUGGGCGAAGCUGAGCGCCACAGCCGGGCUGGGGGUGAUCCACAGGGGCCACCUGCAGCAGGGGCGCUCCCUCAUGGCCCCCUACCUGCCCCACGGGGCUGGGGGCAGCGCAGGGGCAGCGGGCGGGCUGAGUGGGAGUGCGUAUUCGGAGGGCGGGGCGCUGUACGCUCUGGGGCUCAUUCAUGCUAACCACGGGGAGAGCAUCAAGGGGUUCCUGCUCGAGAGCCUCCGCAACACCAGCAAUGAGACAAUCCAGCAUGGCGCGUGCCUGGGCGUGGGUCUGGCGGCGAUGGGCACCGGCGAUGAGGAGGUGUAUGAGGACGUGAAGAGCGUUCUCUACACUGACAGCGCUGUUGCGGGCGAGGCAGCAGGGAUUGCCAUGGGGCUGCUGCUAGUUGGGACGGCGAGCGAGCGGGCGGCGGAGAUGCUGGCUUAUGCCCAUGACACGCAGCACGAGAAGAUUAUCAGAGGCCUGGCGGUGGGGAUUUCCCUGGUCGUUUACGGCCGGGAGGAAGAGGCCGAUAUUCUCAUCCAGCAAAUGACGACGGACGCCGACCCGAUCCUGCGCUACGGCGGCAUGUACGCCAUCGCCAUGGCCUACCGCGGCACCGCCAACAACGGCGCCAUUCGGCAGCUUCUGCACUUUGCCGUCAGUGACGUCAGCGAUGACGUCAGGCGCGCCGCCGUGCUGUGCCUGGGCUUUGUUCUCUGUGCUGAGCCAGAUCAAGUCCCCCGAAUGGUCUCUUUACUCGCGGAGUCCUUCAAUCCCCACGUGCGCUACGGGGCAGCCAUGGCGGUCGGCAUUGCAUGCGCCGGCACGGCCCAGCGGAGCGCCCUGGACCUGCUGGAGCCGCUCACAUCGGACGGGGUGGACUUUGUGCGGCAGGGGGCGGUGAUGGCUACGGCAAUGGUUCUUAUGCAGUGCUCCCAGGAGCGAGAGCCCCGCGUCGUGCCCUUCAGGCGCCAACUUGAGAAGGCGAUUCACGACAAGCACGAGGACACCAUGUGCAAGAUGGGCGCCAUUCUCGCUUCCGGAAUCCUCGACGCAGGCGGCCGCAACGUCACCAUCUCGCUGCGCUCCCGCUCGGGCUACGACCGCGUAACCGCCGUCAUCGGCAUGGCUCUUUUCACGCAGUACUGGUACUGGUUCCCGCUGCUGCACUUCCUCUCUCUCUCCUUCUCUGCAACGGCACUCGUCGGGCUUCAGGGGGAUCUCAAAGCGCCGAAAUUUGAUUUCGUUUCGGAGUGCCGCCCGGGGUUGUUUGCGUACCCGCCGCCCGCUGUUGUGGCGAGUAGCAGCACUGCCGUGAAGGCUCCGGUUGCGGUGCUGUCGACUGCUGCGAGGGCGAAGGGGAGGGCAAAGGAGAAGGAGGAGAAGAAGGAGAAGGAGGAGGAGAAGAAGGAUGGGGGAGAGGGGAAGGCCGGGGAGGGUGGGGCGAUGGAUGGGGUGAAGGGGGGAGAGGAGGAUGGAGGGAAGAAGGGAGAGGAGAAGAAGGAAGGAGAUGCUAUGGAGGUUGAGGGGACCGAGACCACUCCCAGUGCUGCUGCUGAAGCCAAGAAACCGGCUGAGCCAACGUCUGAAAUCCUUCACAAUCCUGCCCGAGUGCUGCCCGCCCAAGAAAAAUACAUCAAGUUCCCGGACACCUGCCGCUAUGCACCAAUCAGGAAGCCAACCUCGGGGUUUUUGCUCCUCAAGGAUUGCCAGCCCGGGCAGCCCGAAGAAUUCGCGCUCACCGACGGGCCGAAUGCUGCUGCGGCCGGGAAUUCCGGUGCUGCCCGGACUGCCGCUGCUGCUGCCCCAGCUGCUGCUGCUGCUGCUGCUCCUGUGGGAGCGUUUAGGAGGAGCGGAGGGGGAGGAGGGGCAGGGGGGAGGGGGAGAGGGGGGGGUGCUCCCCCCCCCCCGCCGCCACCUGCUGACGAUGAUGAAGAGGAUGACGAGCCUGCACCUCCCGAGGCCUUUGAUUUCCGUUAA